AUGGGUUUAUCGAAAGAUAACACAGAUAUCAAAACAGAGCGAAAGCUCUCUGGGGAAAACCCCCCAGAAUACACCAUCGCAGAGACAGCUCAGUUGCCGUGUAUUCCUCCCUUAAAUCUAACCCAAAAUACGGGCCCUGCAGAGUAUACGACAGUCACUCAGGAUGAGUGCAUUGCGCAUCUUAAAUUUCUAGCAGCACUCUCCGAUCUACGCGAUGCUAUAACGAGUGUUCCAAACCAAUUCAAUAUCUCGGACCCCGAUCCACAAAUAUUUGGGUCCAAAAUCAACGAGGCAUGGGCUUUGGUAAAGGAAAAACGAUGGGCUGUCUUUACAGCCAAGGCCGUGGAGCGUUAUACCGUUUGGUGGAAGGACUGCUUGAAAUCAUCUCCACGCCCCACGGUAGAUUUUCUUCGAACAAGUGCGUACAGCACAAUAGCUUCCAACGCUCACCCUAUUUUUUUACAUCAUGAUACUUUACCUCCCUUGGAUGUGUUGAUGGUAUGGCAUGCACAUAUGCUCAAUCCUAGAGCUUUCCUAGAAGAUUGUAUACGACAGGGAAAUAUACAGUUCUGGUCCGGUGGAUUCCCAUGGGAAGCUAUCAACGCUUCUAUUAAUGACCAAACUUUGAAUUACGAGCCCGGAAGCAAAGCCACAAUGCAUUUUGAAGUGAAGACAGGCCACAAAUGGGAUAACCUACAGGACUUUCCUCGAAAGCCCUUAAGGUGUCCGGGAUGCAACCGUUGGCUUUCGGUGCCUUGGACGGACGGGAAAUUAACGCUUCCGCUUGACCAAGCCUUCGAGAGUUGGAAUGGCUUCACAGACAAGAACUUCGUUGCCAAUUGCCCUAAAUGCGACUUCAAGGUCGAUCAUGGGAUUUUGAGAGUUAAGAAGUUUCGUGAUGAUGCCAAAAAAUUGUAUAAUUCCAAAUUUCCGAUGCCAGGAACGCUCUAUGACAUACGAGGCGUCCCCACAUCAUGGCACCAACCACAGCGGAAAAACAAGCAAGGAGACUUUCCCAAUCGAAUCAUUCGCGCUGCUAGCCAUGAUCUAUUGGAAUACACCAAGCCCAAGCUCAAGAUGUGCCCUAGUGUAGGGCAUCUGCGCGACUACCUGGACACCUUACUCAAGGACAAAAAGAUCAUGUCUGAGGCCAACAGCGGCUCCUCCCAACUGUCUCUCUACAAAGGAGAGCGUAUCGCCUUCCGCCGAAUGAUGUCUCGUUACUGGGACAAUAGUUCCUUUUUCGCUCUCGAUCUAGUCGGAGCUGUCGUCCGGCAGGGCACGUUCAUCCAGAAAAUGGACAAUAUCAACUGGCUCCGCUCCCCGGCUCUGAGAGAGACCAUGCUCCGCCUCAUCCGCAAGUACUCUGUCUUCUUCCAAAUUAUGUCUUCCAACCCGACACGUAUGGCUGUCCCCACCCUCGACGUCGACCUAGCCUGGCACACCCACCAACUCGACCCCAAACGAUACUACACAUUUUCAACCUACCGGACCCAGAAGGACGCCGGGAAACGCGCCAUCUUCAUCGACCACGACGACAAAGUCAGCGAGGUCAAACUCUCCGAUGGCUUUGAAUGGACCAGCAAAAUGUACCGCAAAUACACCGGUGGCGGAAUCUACAGCGAAUGCACCUGCUGGUACUGCGAGGCCAUUCGGGCUUCCGACCUCCGAAGCAGCCACAUCUUCUCCAUGUCCACACCUAAAGCCCGCAACGCGGCUUCCGAUCUCCACGACCGCCCAGAUGUCUCCUCCGACCCAAACAAAAACCCUCACAUCUCCGCCCACAGCGCCGUCCGAACAAGGGAAUUGCCCGCCGACGGCGUCGAUCCGAACCAGGUCAAGUUCCUCAAGCUCCGCAGCGACUACGAGAGAGAGCGCCGCCGCCAGGAAAAACGCAAUCGUAAGGACAGCAAGUCUACACCUGAUCACGGAAGCUCGGGGGACCCCUUUGUUUCUUACCCGAUGGUGUGGGGGUAUCCGGUCUAUGUCCCUUACUACGGCCCUUAUACCUGUGACCCUGGCGUGCACCCGGAUAGCUACGCUGCGGAUCCAAGCUGCAUGAGUCUCACCCCUGGAUCGCAUGGUAACUGCUGUACGGGAACCUGUGGGGGACAAGUUGCGGCUGGUGGCUGUGCUGGGAGGGGAGGAGCUUGUGGGGGAGGCUCUGCUGGUGGAUGCUCAGGUGGCGGUGGAUCUUGCGGGGGAGGAGGGGGAUGCGGAGGGGGAGGAGGCGGUGGUGGUUGUGGUGGUGGUGGCGGCGGCAGCAGCGGAGGGUGCGGCGGCGGCGGAGGAGGAUGCGGUGGUGGUGGUUGA